CUGAAGAAACCCCACAACCUGGAAAGCCAACACAUGAACUUAUUGACCUUUGUGCCACGAUAAUUUCUGUACUUAUUGAAUAGUGGGGAUGGGCUGAGGGCUAAGGAGGAGAAUUUGGGGGUUGGCCUCAGCCGUGAGGUAAGGUCACAUAUAAAGCAGCUGCAGCAGAUUUGAGAACACUGACGGAGUAUAUUCCCUGGUGUGCAGCUCAGCGAGUUUGGAUCCUGGAAGCAUGAGUGGGUGCCCCUUCGCAGGGAACAAUUACCUAUUUAAUUUUAACAAGCUAUCUUUGGAAGAUGAAAAAGAUGACAAAUCACAAGAAGGGAUAAAUAAAGCCAGCAAAGGUGGACUUGUCUAUGGAGACUACCUACAACUGAACAAAAUAUUGAAUGCUCAAGAACUUCAGAGUGAGAAGAAAGGAAAGAAAAUCCAUGAUGAACAUCUUUUUAUUGUGACACAUCAAGCUUAUGAACUUUGGUUUAAGCAGAUUCUGUGGGAAAUGGACUCUGUGCGGGUGAUCUUUCAAAAUGGCCAUGUAAGAGAUGAAAGGAACAUGCUGAAGGUUAUCACUCGAAUGAACAGAAUUUCAAUGAUUUUGAAAUUACUUGUCGAACAGUUCUCAGUUUUGGAAACUAUGACUGCAUUGGACUUCUUUGAUUUCAGAUACUACCUAAGCCCAGCCUCAGGUUUUCAAAGCCUUCAGUUUCGCUUGCUAGAGAACAAAAUUGGUGUUCCCCAAAGUCUGAGAGUCCCCUAUAACAGAAGGCAUUAUCGUGAUAACUUCAAGGGACAGGAUUAUGAACUACUGCUUAAAUCAGAGCAAGAACCAACGCUACUGCAACUCGUGGAGGCAUGGCUGGAAAGAACUCCGGGACUCGAGGCAGAAGGAUUUGAUUUCUGGGGACAAUUUGAAGUGAAUGUUUUAAAAGGUCUAGAAGAGGAAUUCGCCUUGGUGCAGGCCAAACCAGAAUCAGAAGAAAAAGAUGACUUAUUAUCUGAAUUCCAAAAACAGAAAGAUGUAUUACUUUCAUUGUUUGAUGAAAAACGCCAUGAACACCUGCUUAGUAAAGGAGAAAGACGACUGUCUUACAAAGCACUGAAGGGUGCCUUAAUGAUCUAUUUCUACAGGGAGGAGCCUCGUUUUCAGGUUCCCUUCCAGCUUCUUACCUCCCUUAUGGAUAUUGAUGUCCUCAUGACCAAAUGGAGGUAUAACCACGUCUGCAUGGUGCACAGAAUGAUUGGCAGCAAGGCUGGCACCGGAGGCUCAUCAGGCUACCAGUAUUUGCGCUCAACAGUGAGUGACAGGUACAAGGUGUUUGUGGAUCUGUUCAAUCUUUCGACCUUUCUAGUGCCAAGACACUGGAUACCAAAGAUGAACCCAACCAUUCAUAAAUUCCUUUACACAGCAGAAUACUGCGACAGCUCCUAUUUUAGCAGUGAUGACUCUGACUAGCCUGACUUUCUAGACUGGUUGCUGUAAAGAACUGCAGGACUUUCACCUCAAGCAGUGCUGUCCCUACGAUAUAACAGCUAUUCUCAGAGUGUGGGUGUGUAAAUAU